AAACAAACCAAGAUGCCAACUUGCCAACUUGCCAUUCUUCUAUCCACAUAUUUGUGUAGUUAUAUUUUAAUAGAAUUUCAUUCAUUUCUUUCCUUCAUUUACAUCAAUGGCCACUUUCUUGCUCACUUGUUCCUCCUUCCUUUUCUUUGACAGUAACACAAUGAAAUACAUAUAAUAUCUUUUUCAUACUGAAAACCAAUCCGGGGAAGUUCCUCCUGCCGGAGAAUUUUAAUUCCAAAAAGUGGUUCUUAACCCAGAUUCAGAUAUGGAAGAGAUGACAACAAUGGACUCCGAAGAGCAAAUAAAGCUUGUGGAUAAUCGAAAUAAACCUAUAUCAAAGAGUCCCCAACCUCAACGCAGCUGGAAGCCAGUCAAGAUAUUGGUGUUUUCAGUGGUUGGCUUAAUGAGCUCAGUUCUGUUUCUAGCCUUAAUAUUCAAGAAGCUACAUUCUGACCACUUAUGGAAUGGUCUUGACUUCAGGCCUUUUGAAGAAGAUGUAGAAGCAAAUUAUACCUGGCCUGCAGAUAAACAACAGGAGAAGCUUCUUGGUGGCCUUCUGUCUGAAGGAUUAGAUGAAAAAUCAUGUGUAAGUAGGUAUCAAUUCGCAAGGUAUAGAAAAGGACCAGUACGUAGACCAUCUCCCCAUCUCAUCUCUAGAUUACGCAGCUACGAAGCCCUGCAUAAACGAUGUGGACCCUACACGGAGUCCUUCAACCGAAGCUUGGAGUAUUUCAAGUCUGGAAGAUACAACAGUUCAGCUGGUCCAGCAGAUUGUAAAUAUAUCGUCUGGUUAACACGUGCUGGUUUAGGAAAUAGAAUGAUCACCUUGGCUUCUUCUUUCCUAUAUGCUCUCUUAACAAACAGAAUCCUCCUAGUUGAUCCAGAAGCCCACUUUUCCGAUCUUUUUUGUGAACCAUUUCCUGAGACUUCUUGGCUAGUUCCAUCUGAUUUCCCUAUAAUUGAUGAGUUUGGGAGCUUCAAUAGGAAAUCACGGAGAACUUUUGGCAAUCUGCUGAAGAAAAAUGCUUUUGGAAGUUCAAAAGCAGCUUUAGUGCCAUCGUAUGUGUACCUUCAUCUUGUUAGUGACUAUACCGACGAUGACAAGCGAUUCUUUUGUGAUCAAGAUCAUACUGUUCUUCAGAAAGUUCCUUGGCUGCUUGUUCGAUCAGAUUUAUACUUUGCCCCUUCUCUUUUCCUGAUGCCAUCUUUUCAACAAGAACUAGCUGACCUCUUUCCGGAGAAAGAAACAGUUUUUCACUUCUUGGGAAGGUACCUCUUUCAUCCAGCUAACGCGGUUUGGAGGGCUAUCGUUAGGUAUUACAAUGAUUAUCUAGCAAAUGCAGAUGAAACGAUUGCCAUCCAGGUAAGAGUUUUAGAUACUGGUGAUGCUCCAUUUAAGCAAGUGAUGAAGCAGAUUUUGGGUUGUGUAAUCAAGGAGAAUAUAUUACCGCGAGUCAAUGAGACUUUGAAGGGAUUGCCUAUGAACAUCACAUCUGGAAUAUCUAAGACUAAAGCUGUCCUUAUGACAUCUCUAACCCCUGAUUACUUUGAGGCAGUGAGAGAUAUGUACCAGGAACAUCCAACAGUCACUGGAGAAGUGGUUAAAGUAUACCAGCCAAGCCAUGAAGAGUAUCAGCAUAGUAAAAACCAAAUGCACAAUAUGAAAGCAUGGGCAGAAAUUUAUUUAUUGAGCUUGUCUGAUAAGUUGGUGACUACCGCAAAGUCAACAUUUGGUUAUGUUGCGCAGAGUCUUGGAGAUUUGAAGCCAUGGAUUCUUUACAAGCCAGAGGAUUACAAACCUAAUUCGGAUCCAGUUUGCCAGCGGGGAGUGUCAAUGGAACCUUGUUUCCAGGCCCCACCGAACAAUGACUGCAAAAGCAAGAGAAUGAUUGACAUAGGUAAAAUGGUUCCAUAUAUCCGACACUGUGAGGAUAUGAACUGGAAUUGGGGCCUUAAACUUUUUGGCGAGGAUGGUGAGUCAUGACGAAUUAUGAUCCCGCUCCCGUAUACUAAUACCACUGAUUCCACCAUUUUUGAACCAUCCAUCAAAGGUAAAAUGAGAUUUUGUUUCUCUUUUCAUGCGCCUGUACAUAUUGAGUUGAUAAGAGUACACGUCUAGAGAAGACUGUUCCACGCCACGGAAGAUUCUGAACCAAGAUGGACAAGAUGCCUGAUAUUGUGGAAGCUGUAUAGUUUUGAAGAAGAGACCCUUCCUCAAAUGUACUCAUUUCAGGGCCAUAUGUCUUGCUUCCUUGAUUCCCGAUUGCCAGUCAUGCCACCAUUUCGCCACCCUUCCAGCUGCAACCUGUUUCUCUUUGGUGUCUGGGCUUCUUGAUGUGUAAGUGGAACUUUCACACGAUUAACAGUUUCAGAGAUUUCCUGAGACACUUAAAAUUGUCUAGCAUUAAACCUAUACUUCAUUUGGAAGUUUUUUUGUUCGUAAAUUUUGAUAAUCCAACGUGAGACACAUACUGCAUCUUUUUCAUUUUCGAUCCGGCCUCAGUGAUGAGACCAAGGGUUCCAUCGUUGUAAAUUUUUUUUUUUUUUUGUUUUUUUUGUAUGUUCAUGAUUAUGUAUUAUAGAAAUUAAAGAACAACCUUAUAGAGUUGAUUUAUUGAAAAAGGGGCAAUCUGCAGGUGUUUGGUAGGUGAAAAAAUGGUUAGCCUUUUCCACUUGAAGUCAAAGAGCAAAAGCUUUUCCCUUCCUACCUAUUUUUUAGACGUAUUCUGUAUUACAUUGUAUUUCAUUUUAUUUUAGUUUCUACUUGUAAUACGUUAUCAAUUUUUCUACUUUAUUCCUUACCACUUACGUUCUACAUAAUUAACUACCACCAUUAAUGACUAAUACCAUGAUAAAUAGGGGAUACUGUAUUUAGGAUCACUUUUAUCCUGUCUUGGAAGAAAUGAUUAAAUGUGAUCAUCUUCACCAGAACAGAUACCAAAAAAAUGGAUGCUUCACAGUUUGAAGCUUUGUCUUUUACCCAACCAUCUGAUUCAAUUUGUAUGGUUGAAUCCAUUGCAGAGUUCCAAUUUUAUACACCACCAGUGGACUUCACACAGCAGCGUUAAUACACGUUGAAGAUCAACGCAUUCACUAGUUGUCGUACCGGUUCUCAGAAGGGUUUGAUUGAAAUUAUCAUUGUUAUUGUUUCUACAAUAUUAUUUGACUAAAAUGUCCAAAUGGUCCCUUAUAUUUGGGCUAUGAUGAUCCCUACCUUAUUGACCGCAACUUCCGUAUUUAUUAUCUUACUUGAUUUUAUGUCCCUAAUAUUAACAUUUCAAUAUCAUAGUUCCAAAC